AUGCCUAACUCAAGUGAGCAGUCGCAUUUUGGUGGCUCUCUGGGCCAACAGGGUCCUGAAUGGUCUGAAGGUCUGAACGACAGGGCUGCAAGUCGCUGUCAACACUGUGGAACCAUUGCGGGACGUAGGAAUUCUUUGUUACAGGGUGGAGGUGACUGUGGAGCGUGGUUUCACCAUCACCUAGAUCUUGGUGAGAAAGCUGAUACAGACCUCCAGACUUCCAUGUACAGGCAGACCCAGCAGGAGAGGUGUGGGCAGCAGCUACUGAGGAAGACUUCUGUGCCUGAUCUCAGCAACAGUAUCUACCUCAGGCAAUUGAUGGCUGGCCGGGCCUCUGCACCACCUCAGGAUUACUACCUGGCUGACGCUACCUUAUCUGGCCAGCUACCUGACGAGUCUGGGUUUUAUAGGGAUAACCAGCACCUGCUCAACAGAUCAGCCUCGCAUUAUGGGCCUAGCGCUGGGGGGUUGAGGCCUACCUGGGAUCAAGGACAGGCAAGAGCCACACCUUCCGUGCGGCCCUCUGCCUCAACACCUACCCCUUUGCCUCCUCCCCCUCCACCUCCUCCCCCGCCUCCUCCUCCACCUCCUCCCCUUCCCAUUCAUGAGCUGAGCCGCUUGUACAGGGAAACACUGGGAUCUAAGAUGAUACCAGACAUCCACCGUAUUGGCGGCUACUCUCCCUCUCCUGCAGUUUACGGGGGCCAGCCCCCUCUUACCUAUUACAACUCUGAACAACCAUCUUUCUCUGCUCGUCAAGCUUAUAACAAUAUCAACAACUUUUCCCUGGACCCUCGCCAGCAAGCUGCCACCAGUUCAGGGCUGGACGCAGCUUCUCAGGGAAUGGACGGAGCUCUUCACCGCGCAUAUGGAGCUGUAGCCUCCCAGAGGAUGCCUUAUGAUCCAAACUAUGACCCCAACUCAGCCAUGAUGGCUGCCACAGCUGGAAUGAACUCUGGCAUGUCUCAUCAUCAUCCAAGCGCUGCAGACCCCAAAAGGAUGGUGGACCCUAACUUCUUGGCUUACCUGCGUGCUGAAGGCUUGGCUGAGAGCACUAUCACUCUACUGCUGCAACAUGGCUUUGAUUCUGCUUCCACGUUGGGAAUGAUGGAGGACCAUGAUGUUCGCUCUGUGGCCCCUAACUUAGCCCAAGCCCGUGUUCUCUCCCGUGUGGUGCUUGGUAGCAAGGCAAGUGGGGCAGCAACACGUACUCGAUCCAACAGCUUCAGUCACCGCGAGCUCUAUAUGCAGCCCCAGGGUUUGACCACGGACCCCUGCCUUAUGCAGCAACCGCCCAGCUCCCUCCAAAACGUGUCCCCCAGAAUGGGAGAGUUUCUUGGUAGAAGACCCAGCAGCGCACCCUCCCAGCACCUCCUGGAGACCACCAACUACCAAGCAGCACGGCCCUUGGCAACUGGAGCUUUUCCAAUCAGCCCCGGAGGAUACAGCAAUGCUGUCACUCAGGGAAGACCCUUCUCCAUGUACAAUGCCCACACCGGUCUUGCAAUGUCUGCUCUUGGACAGCAGCCUCCACCAGCUCCAGGCACCCCUGGAGCGGCACCGAAAACCUUUUCUGGUUCUUAUUCCCCCAUGGAGCUGAUGAAGAGAGCCACCAACCUUCCUCCACCAUCGCCAAUAGCAGCGCCAAGCCCCCUUCACAGCCCCCAACUUCUCCGGAAAGGGAUGAACGCUGCUCCUGACACUAACAUUGUUCCCGUAACUUCUUCAUCCUCUCUCCAAGCGCAAAACCUUAACAACAGCAAGUUGGUAGGACGUCGCACUGGUCCACCUGUCAUAGUCUCAACCAUGGUCUCCGCACCUGACACAAGUAUUCGGCCCCAAAUCAUGAAUGGGCCAAUGCAUCCGCGCCCCCUGGUGGCGCUGCUGGACGGGCGCGACUGCACCGUGGAGAUGCCUAUCCUGAAAGACUUGGCGACCGUCGCCUUCUGUGACGCUCAGUCCACACAGGAGAUACACGAGAAGGUGCUCAACGAAGCAGUGGGAGCCAUGAUGUACCACACCAUCACCCUGACCAGAGAGGACCUGGAAAAAUUCAAAGCCCUACGUAUCAUCAUCCGCAUCGGAAGCGGCUACGACAACAUCGACAUCAAGGCUGCCGGAGAGCUGGGCAUCGCUGUUUGUAACAUUCCCUCGGCAGCUGUGGAGGAGACAGCAGACUCCACCCUGUGCCACAUCCUAAACCUUUACCGGCGAAACACCUGGCUUUACCAGGCUCUCCGAGAGGGCACGCGGGUCCAGAGUGUGGAGCAGAUCCGCGAGGUGGCAUCCGGCGCCGCCCGCAUCCGUGGCGAAACCCUCGGACUCAUCGGCUUUGGUCGUUCGGGCCAGGCUGUGGCGGUGCGGGCCAAAGUCUUCGGCUUCAACGUCAUCUUCUACGACCCCUACCUGCAGGACGGCCUGGAGCGCUCGCUGGGGGUGCAGCGCGUCUACACCCUGCAGGACCUGCUCUACCAGAGCGACUGCGUGUCCCUGCACUGCAACCUGAACGAACACAACCACCACCUCAUCAACGACUUCACCAUCAAACAGAUGCGUCAGGGUGCAUUCUUGGUGAACACUGCGCGGGGGGGCCUAGUGGAUGAGAAGGCCCUGGCCCAGGCGUUAAAGGAGGGGAGGAUACGUGGAGCCGCCUUGGACGUACAUGAGACGGAGCCCUUCACUUUUUCUCAGGGUUCCCUGAAAGACGCCCCCAACCUGAUCUGCACGCCGCACACAGCGUGGUACAGUGAGCAGGCCUCUCUGGAGAUGAGGGAGGCCGCCGCCACCGAGAUCCGAAGAGCUAUCACCGGCCGAAUCCCCGACAGCUUAAGAAACUGCGUCAACAAGGAGUUCUUCGUCACCACGGCACCCUGGGCAGUUAUGGAUCAACCGGGCGUUCACCCUGAGCUCAACGGCGCCGCCUACAGAUACCCGCCGGGCGUAGUUGGAGUGGCUCCGGGUGGCAUGCCAGGGGCGUUAGAGGGCAUGGUGCCAGGUGGGGUGCCCAUCGCCCACACCCUGCCCUCUGGUACACACCCCUCCCAGGCCCCGUCGCCCAACCAGCCCUCCAAACACGGCGAGACCAGAGAGCACCUCACCGAGCAAUAGCAGCAGAAGGGAUUCAAACGGCAACAUCCAACAUGUCGACACUCAGAGAACAACCAAUCACAACGCAACCGACCAACUGGGACCAAGAGACAGUGAAACGACACACGUGGCUGCCUGUCAGACCAGCCAGCAACCGGGAACAAAGGAAGUGUUCCGGGGAAUUUGUACUUUUAACGUUUUAGUUUUUACUCUCUGUCUCUUUGGGGUUCAGUACCGACUUAACUCUUCGAUGAUGAUGAUGGGUUUUUUCGUUGUUUUUUUUCUUCGGGACAUGCCUAUGAUUGUGGACACAGAGUCCAGUGUUUUUAGCGCUCCGGGAUUACCCGAUGAGACUCUGUUCCCACCCCUCUCCACCUCAGAGCUCAUGGGAAACGUAGGCCCUCAUCUCAACACACUCAAAGGGCGAACAAGAGAAAAAACUCUGGCAUCAUGUGCUACUGGACCUUAUCCCCCCCCUUCCCGUCCCAAAUGCCCCCUGAUACUCCCCUCCUCUCCGACCCUCCUUAUGUAACUAAUGUGUGUUGUUUAGGCCCCUCAUUAUGCCUCAGAAGAAUUAUUUUGUUCUUUCAAUCUUCAGUGUGAAUGACUAAAAAUGGAUUAUUGACUAUAUAUAUUUAUCAUUCGUCAGACAAAAGGAAACCAUUGCUCAUCAGUUUAGUAAUCUAGAGUGGGUUUUAACCCUUUCCUGGCAAUAAUACAUGACAGCUGCUGCAGUUACACGAUUUCACCACUGGGGGGCGCUUCCACACAGCGUCAAGGCGUCGGCACCUGUGAGCAUCAACACCAAGUUGCUCCAAAAUAAUCUGUGUGAAUAAUUGUUAAACCGUUAGCAGUAACAGACAUUCACUUCAUACAGCUGAAUGCAGCUAAGUUUUGAGGGUAAAUGAAUUUUAGCUGCCAGCUAAGUAUUUCUUUUUUUGAGUUGGUGAUGUGUCAGUGUGAAGGACAAAUGUUUUGUAAAUCACAAAAAAAAGGAUCAACUUCGGCCGGACUGCAUCUUAUUCUCCUGCUGAAUUGACGGAUAUUACCUUAGUGGCAUCGGGGCACGGAUGAGACCACGCUCCCGCACAUUUCACACUGAAGACAGGAAAGGGUUAAAGCAAACUUCAUUUCUUAAUGACUCAGGAAAACACUUUUUUGCUGAUAUUGUUUAUUCCCAGAAUUUUGUCUUUUUGAGAAAAAGAAAAAAAAAAUGAGAUUGAUCCGGUUAGUCUGGAUACUUCUCUCCUCCCUCCUCCUCUCCAUCGUGGUAUUUUUAUAUACAAGGCGCAUCCCUGGUUUUGGUGUUAAAGAGUUUUGAAGAGUCCUGUUAGAUUUGUAUUGCCUAGUUAAAUGUUCCUAUAACCAUAGUCCUGUGAUCCACCCCCCAGUGUCCCACCCCCCCUUCCCUCCUUCUUAUAUUUUCUUUGUUCUAUUGAAGGCCAGGUUCUUUGGGGCAUCCUGUACUCUGUAAGAGCAAUAGCAGAAACUCCUACUUAGUGUCCCGACAAUAGCAGAAGAGGCAGCCAGCAGUACGUUUUUGUUUUUAGUGUGAGUAUUUGUAUUUGUUUCUUGUACAAGGUGAACAUUUAGCAUUCAGUGCAGUUCAAAUAAAAGAUAUGAUUCUGAGAACCAGCUGUCUGUACCAGAUUGAUUUCUAAGACGUAUUGUCCUGUAUGUUGAAUUAGCAGAGUUACAAGAUUUGAUUCAUCCUAAUUGUUUUAUCCGGUGUUGAGUGCACAAUAACAAAUAAAUGACGCAAAUGUGACUAACACCCACAUUGGAGAUAAAAAAAUCUAAAAAGUGUUGGAUGUCCCUCUUGUAAGGCUGGUAACUACCUACAGUUGAGUUGUUUUGUUUAUUAAAAGCUCACUAAACUUAA